AUGGUAGCCAUGAUCAGUGAGAUUUGCAUCGCUGUCCUUUUAUUUGGUUCCGCCCUCGGUAAUAUAAAUGAACUCAGUAAUGAUGAUUAUGAUGAUGUUGCCAAAUUAAGAUUUUAUAAAAGUUCCUUUGAUGAUUUUAUUGAGUUUCCUUUGAACAAUGCCAGAGAAAUAGUUUUUACAUCAUGGUACGAUCCUAAAAAGACAACAAUCAUUUUUACACAUGGAUUUUCAGGUUUUCCCAAUGGCCCAGCUGUAACAGCCGUUAUCACUACUUAUCUUAACCAAGGUGGUUAUAAUGUGGCGUUGCUGAACUGGCAAGAACUAGCAGCUCCAGUUCUACCCAGCAUGUUUAACUCUUACUUGAAUUGGGCUUAUCCUAACGCCAAAAGACUAGGGGUAGAUUUUGCCGACGCCCUUUUAAAUCUUUCAGCUGCUGGUAUUAAUCUGAACAAAACACAUUUGGUGGGCCAUUCUCUAGGAGCCCACAUUUUCGGUAUAACUGGUAAUACACUAUUGGCCAGAGGGGUCAUGUUACCAUGGAUUACAGGGUUGGAUCCUGCAUCGGUAGGGUUUGAAAAUAAACCGCUAGCAGUUAGACUUAACCCUAAGUCUGCGGGUUUUGUUUCGGUGGUCCACUCGGACCCCAGCCGGUAUGGGUAUAAACGAUCCCUGGGCACUGUGGACUUCUGGCCUAACUACAGCACCGGGACCGUCACACAACCUGGCUGCGACAAGAAAAACAAUCCUGCUUUCUCCCCUGAGGAUUUGUGCAAUCACAAUAGAAGUUGGGAGAUAUUAUUAGAUUCAGUGGUUCACCGAGGGACAAUAAUAGGUAGUCAGGCGCCGAACUUCAGAAAAUGGAGGAAAUACACGGAUGAAGAAAGAAAAGCCAAUAUUUUAGAAGUUGGAGUGUAUUCGGAAAAUCCUUUGCCAGGGAACUACUACUUCACAACUAACGCAGCAUCUCCUUAUGGGCUUGGGAUAGACGGGCUGUAAUAAGAAUAUAUUUUUAUUAAUGCACUGGAAUAACAUAUAUGUAUAUCGAUUUCUUUGGUUUGUUUUUAAUGAAUUCUAUCCAAUAUGUUCAAUAAUAUGUCGUCUUUUUGUGAUUGUUAGGUUAGAUAUUACAGAUGCCAGAUCACUUUUCAAUUCUCUCACUACAUAAUAGCACAAAAUAUGUAUGUGCUACGUAAUAUCAAAUUAUAAAUUCAAAACUAAUUACAAUACAAUCGAUUGUA